CCCCCGUUUCUACUCCCUUUCAGCGCUGAAAAUGUUGCAUGCAUCUGCGGGAGUGCAUGUGCUGAUCAUGCGCACCUGGGGAAUUGCUGGUAUUUUAACCUUUCCUCAAAGGGGAGUUGAUCCCGCUCCUCCAGGAAACUUUGGGACACCCUUUUCAGAAUCCCGGUUUCCUGAAAAACCGGAUCCAGCUAGUGCUCAGUUCCACAGCGCCAUCCCAAGGUGUUCUGAAAGCUGCUAGUGACAAACAUGUUGGCUGCAAGUGCGCUGGGAAUUAUUUUACACCUCCACUUUCUGUUCCAUUGCCGCUGUCUCUUAUGGUUGUGGAAAGUCACGAUUUAAGACGAUGCCCUCUGACAGCAUCUAGCAGAACAGAUGCAUAUUUCCCUCUUGUCCUUUUAACCCAACAGGGUCAGACAGUGAACAAGGCAUAAAACCUCAGACAGACACAAAUAAAUAUUAAGACGCUGAAACUACCUUGAAAUCUUAAAACCAGAGAUUUAUUUUGCGGGGUGGAAAGGCCAGAGAAUUUCCCUUCUCCGAUCGGCCGAUUCCUUAGCUUUCAGUGUUCCCAAGCUGGCAAAUAGGUUCCCCCCCUCUGUGGUUUCGUGCUAAAUAUAUUGCUACUCUCUGUUGACCUAGACUGUGGCUGUGAGAAUGAAGGUCUUUAGGCCUGCAAACAACAAACGACCGUGUGUUUUGGGACUUACAGGAAAGGUUCUAUUACACAUGCAUGUGCCCCAAACCUUUAAGGGAUGGAAGGCUGUGGUUCUCCAGUUUAGUUAAAAUGGUACCACUGAAAAAGGAACAGAGUCUUUAUAAAGUUCAUUUAACUAGUUCAAGUUCAUCCUGUCCAAAAAAAGAAUCCAGCACGUCCCUUUGUAAAACUAAGCAGUUCGGGGUCACAUUCUGCUCACUGUUCAUACAAAUGAUGCUCUGCAAAAAUGUUUGGUAUUCAGAAUGUUUCAAGAUUCUGUGCUGAAAUAUAAAAUAUGCUUAGCCCCCUUCUAUUCUGUACAUAUAAAGCAGUAUCAUCAUCACUUGAAAUAGACUAGAUUGGCCUUUGGCCUGUUGCAGCAGAGCUCUUCUUGUGGGCUUGCUUCCUGGAGAUGAAGCUACAUGCCUUUAAGGAAAAGUUAUGACAUUUGGGGCUUCUUAGGUUAGACACAGCGGUUCUCAACCUGUGGGUCCCCAGAUGUUGUUGAACUUCAACUCCCAUCAUCCCUGAUGCUAGCUAGGGGUGAUGGGAGUUGUAGUUCAACAACAUCUGGAGACCAACAGGUUGAGAAAGACUGGGUUAGAGGAAAGGUGAGGAAGAGGGGACAUGACAGAAGAGCACAGAAUUAUGCAUGUUAUGGAGAAAUAAAAGUUCACCCCUCUGUCAAAACACUAGAACUUCGGGAUUUGUUGGAUUGGUCCCCAAGUCCAACUCCAACUCAAAUCCAACUCAAUGGUGUAAUGUUGGAAAAUGUUGAUCAUUUCUCCGACCUAGGCAGUUAUCUUUCCACAAGGGUCAAAAUUGAUGCCAAAAUCCAGCACUGCCUGAGCUCUGUGAGUGCGGCUUUCUCCCGAUUGAAGUGCAGAGUGUUUGAGGACCAGGACAUUUGCAGGGAAACCAAACUGCUUGUUUAAAAAACUAUUGUACUACCAACCUUACUGUAUGCUUGUGAAACAUGGACCACUUAUAAACAUCAUCUCCAACUCCUUGAAAGAUUCCAUCAAUGGUGUCUCUGAAAAUUUUUACACAUCACUUGGGAAGACAGGUGAACUAUUGCCAGUGUACUGGAAAAGGCAAAUAUCACCAGUGUCAAAGCAAUGCAUCUUCAACAUCAACUUCGUUGGACUGGUCAUGUUGUGUGGUUGCCUGAUUAUCACCUUCCAAAGCAACUACUCUAUUCCGAACUUAAAAAUGGAAAGCGUAAUGCUGGUGGUCAACAAAAGAGGAUUAAAGAUUGUCUCAAGGCAAAUCUAAAAAAAUGUAGUAUAAACACCAACAAUUAGGAAACACUUGCCUGCGAGCCCUCCAAUUGGAGAACAGCCUUUACUAAAGGUGUCAUGGGCUUUGAAGACACUCGAACUCAGGACGCAAGGGAGAAAGGUGCUAGGAGGAAGAAGGCACGCUUGGCAAAUCCACACCAUGAUCAACUCCCACCUGGAAACCAAUGUCCCCAUUGUGGAAGGACGUGUGGAGUAUGAAUUGCUGGGAACUGAGAGGCCUGUUGCACUCAGAUGCUGUUUGCACUCCCCAUAAGCACCUAGACCAGCUACUGCAAGAACAGGUUGCUGGACUAGGCGGGCCUGAUUACGGGCUUAAUUCUUGGGAAGAAGGCAGGCAAAUGCCCUGCUGCAGCUGCAACCCUGUGCCAAGUGAGCCCUGUGGAACUUACUAAUCAAACAUUGCACACAGUUAUUUGCACCCCUUUUCCUUGCAGGCCUGUCUUGUGCAGAGUGUGGAGGUGCAGACGCCUGUCGAAAUAAAUGGGCAUCCUUUGCAGAAAGCUCUGCCAGUUGGCACCGAAAGCAAUGCCCAAGCACAAUUGCACAGAAACAACCCCCCACCAAAAAGUGUGUAAAUACUCUCCAGGUGUGUGGAUCUGUGAUGAUAAGCCCCGAUCCCACACAUGGUUAGUACAACCUGAACAUGCCAGGCCUUCCUUCCCAAGAGUAGGAGUGCUUAGGACAAGGUAAUUUGACUGUGACCUGUAGCAGCAGCACCACGAGGUGCUCGCUGCCUGGAGGCUGUGGUGGAGGUGCCAACCAACGGGAAAUCCAUGUGCUAUCUGAGUCUCUCUCUCCUUUAGUUGCUCACUCACCCGGUUUGCAGAGCAGUGCAAAGACUAGCAGCAAACACUGCCCGAUCCUCUCGCUCCCUCCCCUCUCGAACAGGAGCUGGUGCACGCUUGCACGAAAAGGAGAGGGGGGGAAAAAGAGGGGCGGGGGUUAACGCCUUUCCUCUCCGAGCCCCCUUCCUCCCACCGACCCUCUCUUUGGAGGAAGAAAGAGGCUAGAAAAUCCUCGCCAGGUCUGCUCGCUCGAGCUUUCUUCUUCGCGGCUCGCCGAUCUCAGCGGGACCUUUUCGUUUUGCAAAGGCACCGCGCUAAGCGAAGGAGGAAGAGGUUUCUCCACCCCCCGUCUGGGGCUUGCUCUCCUGCGCAGCCCUCCAAAACUUUCCCGCUUUGCAUCGGCUGCCGUUCCCCCACCUUCGGCUCCUGCGAUGAGCGGCAGCCGCCUCCUCCUCGUCCCCAGCCAUGGGGGGCGGCGGCGACCGGCGGCUUCUGCUCGGGACCCCGCCGGCAAGGAUCGCCCCAGCAGGAAGGCGGAGUGAGAAAGGCGCGCGGAGCGGCAACACCAAGGAAGCGGCGGCGGCGGAGGCGCGGGGAAGAAAGGCGGCGGGAGAGGAAAGGAAUUCCCAGCAGCAGCAGCAGCAGCCUCCGGCCCGCCCGCCCUGCGCGCCUCCUCCCCGGGCCGAGCGGCGAGGGCGCCCCGCAGCACCCAUGGCCUAAGAGGAGCACCAGCCUGCAGCCCUCCCGGAUAUAGAAAGCCCCAUGCCUGGCCAGCCUUCUGUAAUACUUAGGGUCUUGGGUUGCCUUCUUUCAAAAAACAGAACAAAACCUGGGCUGGAGGAGACUGGAUUUUCCAAACCCUUUGAUACGCGUUACAACCCUCUGGAGCCCAACUCCUCCAGAAUUACCAUUGUUUCCACUUUUACAGCAACAACAUUCGCUUCUUUUGCACGUAGCCCCUCAAACCUACUUCAGCUUGGCUUUUGUUUUUUAGGGGAGUAGGGGGAAAAUAUAUUUCGGGACACUUUUUUUGGUAAUUCCCUCCCCUUGCAAGGGCGCUGUUUGGGGGCAUCGCUAUACUUGCGCGCGUGGAAAACUAGCAAAUAAAAGUAUUAGGUGGGGUGGGAAGGGGUUGGGAGUUGCAUUUCCUCCCCCACCUGGAGAGAAAGUGGGAAGGGAGAGAAGGAAAAGACCUCUCGCUAUGGCUGGGAGCAGCGACUGUGCGAGCAGGGUCCGAAGCCAAGGCAGCUGGAGCUCGGGCGAGGAGAAAAACUCUCCGUCUGCAGCGGCGGCAGAGGGAGCCUUAGGCGCCGGUUGCAACGGCUGCUGUUCCUCUGCUGGGCCGGAGGAAGUGGAGAGCAGCAGCAAGGAGAAGAAUGACCAUCAUCCCCAUCGGGUAGGAGGCUGGAGGAGUGGCGAAGAAGAGGCUCUUCCCAAGGUCUGGACGUGCUGCAAACUUUCCUGCGCUCUGGGCGCAGGCUCGCUGGCUCUGCUCUUGGCGCUCGGGACCCGCUUGGUGCGCAGCGCCGGCGAGGAAGAGGCGGAAGAAGGAGGAGGAGGAGAGGCCGCUGAGGGCGACGGGGCGCCCGGCCCAGGUGCGAGCUGGCCCCCGAUCCCGGGCUCGGCGCUGUGCUGCCUCCUCCUGGCCGCCUAUUUCUGGCUGGGCUGGGCCUUGCUGCGCGCCGGGGUCCGCUUGCGCACGGCGGCGCUGCUCGUGGCUGCCUGCUGCGUUGGGGAAGCGCUCGCGCAGCUGGCCUUGGCCCCCGGGGAGGAGCGCCUGCUCUCGCUGGCCGCCACUGGGGUGGUGCUGGGCUGCUUGGCCGGCGGGACAUGGCUGGCGCUGCGGCUCCGCCACGGCGUGCUCAUGAUCGCCUUGACUAGCGCCCUGCGGAUCGCCUCGCUCGCCUCCCUGGAGAGCAUCCGCGCGCCUUGGAGACCUUACCUGGCUUAUCUGCUCGCCUUGCUGGGCAUCCUUGGCGCAGGCUACGCGCGCCACGCCUUGCGCCGCCGCCGCGCCGCCGGGAAACAGGAGGAGGCGGAGGAGGAGGAGGAAGGCACCGAAGGGGCGGAAGGAGCGGGCUGUGGCGCUGCUGCUGCUGCUGCCCGGCCGGCCAAGGAAGAGGUGCCGGUUUUUAAGCGCAGGAGGAGAUCCAGUUCGAUGAUCUCCGCCGAGAUGGCUGGCUGCGGCAAUAAGUCCCAUCGCAGGACCUCCUUGCCUUGCAUCCCCCGAGAGCAGGUAAGGGGAGAUGGGAGAGGGGCUCUUGGAUGGAGAGAGGUGUGUGUGGGCGGGAUGGGGAGCAGGAGUGAGAGAGAAAAGAGACUUUUGUAAAAGCCCACUGCUGCUUUUUAUUCUUGGCAAGGGACGCGCGCAACUUUGGGAAUGAAACUUCAGCGUUCAAACUUUUUUUGCACUCGCCAUCCCAGUUCUCCCUUGAAAGCAGAAACCACGGUUCUCGGCAUCCCAGAAUAGUAAUUUAAAAAGGCACUGACGCAGAAGGGACCAGACAUUUCGACAACCGUUUGGCCCUUCGCGUUCCUCCUCUUGCAUUUUUUUGGCUUUUGUUUUGGACAGGACCAUAUUCUGUUGUGUGGGUGACCAUGUGCAUUGCAUAAUUUAAAAUCUCUCUCCGAAGAUGAUGCAGAGAAUAAUUGCUCAGCUGGGAACUGGGAAAACAGAUGUUCGUAUGAUUUUUCUUUUUAAAGAAAAGUGUAGUUGCUGUUCUUCAUCUGUACAGUUCUGUGCACAUUGGAGUCCUAGAGAUGUUGCUGUUUUAAUGUCCAGUGUUCCUUUAAGGCAUGUCUUCAUUACAGAAAGAACAGAUGUUCAGUGCUGUUAUGUUUGGGCCAUGUUUCGUGCCGAAUAGUUUGAAUGCAUCCUUUUAACUUUGAGGCCCAUAAUGGCGCAGCUGCCACUUUUGCACACCUACCUUUUAAUCUUGCAUUUUGGAUUCUGCAGAUGAGACAGCUCACAUUCUGUCCAGUAUCGCCUCAUUUUAUUUUUUUUUACAGUGGAUGCGCAGCUUCUAUUUAUUUGAGUUUGGCUGCAGAAAAAGAAAACGUUGUGGGAAUCGGAAGGUUAAGAUGUUUUGGAAACUUUUCCGUAACUUGUGGAAAUCUGUGUAGAAACUGAGUUUCUUUGUGAAACAAGGGGAAAUGUUGAAAAUAAACACCCUGGAAACAUAACAUUGCAUUUGAGUUAGCCUGAAUUGCUUUUUUUAAAAAGACCUGCAGUGUGAUACACAACUCAGUGGAGCUGAGGUAUUCACAUUUAACUCUGUUUUCGAGCAUUUAAAGUUCUUACCCAUGGAUUUUGAAGACACCAAGGUCCAGAUCCUAAGUGAACUUGUAGCUUGAGCCUCAACAUGUUUUCUUGGAAGUAAGCCACACUGAACUUCAAGUAAAUGUGUAUAGGAUCACAGCUGUACUUGCAAGCAAGCUCAGUUCAUGAGCCUUUCACUUAGCAUGCUGAGAACCAGUCUUGGUAGUCCUAUUUAAUCCAAGUAUAAGCGGUUUGUUGUUUAGUUCACCCAGAUGGCAAGAUGGAAUAAUAUUUUUCAGUAGAUUCUGCAGGGGUGAUGUCUUCUUUCGUCGUGGCACGAACUCUUUCAGUAUUGCACCCAAAUCUUAAUAAUGUAGUGUGGAAGCAAUUCUCAGUUAUUUUUAAUGAGACUUACUUCCUAGGAAUUGUUUCCGAAUCAAGGGGUGAGGCGUUAGGUAGCCUGAGAUCCAAAACCGACUUACUUGGAAGUAAGAUCAGUUAAACCCAUGGGAUUUCCCCCCUCAUUGAAAUGUGCUUGGUGUCAGGUGCUAGUUAACUCUGUGCGGAUAAAGUUUAGUGCAGUAUUGUCAACCAAAGGGAUAUUUUUGUGUCCUUGGAAGCAAAAGUGGUUAUUUUCCAGGCAAUGACAUCAAACCAUUUGGUGUGGAUCGCAGGGUCCCCCCCCGCUCACUCCUCUUGGAUUGGGUAGAUUUACAUGGUUUUGUGGUUGCUCGGGACAUUUUCUCAGCUAUACAUCUUUGAGGUCUAAUUUGCCACAAGUGCAAUUUGUUAAAAAAAAUUCUGGAAUAAAAUUUAUAUUCAGCACACUUUCAAAGUGAAAACAACAUGAAGAAAAACUUGGGAAACUGACCUGGAUUCCUGUGCUUUGCCGUGUUAUGUGAAGCAUGUUAAAGCGUGAAACCCCAUAUUAUUAUUUUUUAAAAAUAAAUUAUGUCGAAAGAGACUAUUAUUGAAUGGCAGGUGAUUCGAGCUUUAUUUUGUUUUGAAAUUUUAAUGUGCGACUGCCAGGACCUUCCCACUACUUUCUGUAGCACUUUAGAUAACGGUGACUUUCGAGAAAACAUGUUUGUAUUUAAUCACUUCAAUGUGGUCUGUUAAACUCUAUUCCGGCUGCUGUCAUUUGCUUACAGCAGCUUCUGAGAUCGCCUUAUUUCAUAAUGUAUGGAGUUAAGGAUACAAGAGGCAUGAAAUGAGAGGUGUCAAACAGCAGUGCUGUUGAGUGGCUUAUAGUUUAUGAGUUUGCAGGACAUUUUGAGGGUUGCUGAUCGAUACAGAUACAGAGAACUCGAAUCGCUGCCGCUUACAUCUUCAGGAAUUCUAAAGCGACUUGUUCCUUUCGGCUUGUUGACCGCAAAACAGACUUGUCAUUUGCAAAGGGAAGAAAUGGAUAAUUGUGGGUUAUGAACAGACCUCUGCUAAAUGCUGCAUUCAUAGUGUAGUACAGUAUUUAAAUUAUACUUUAAACUCAUUGAUUUAGAUUUGUAAAUUGUGCCUCCCCCCCCCCCCCCGCCCUGGCACCACAAAUACACACACACACGGUUUUGUAAAUAUUGGUUUUAAAAUAUGAAAAUCUUGCAUUGAGAAUCAGCACCGUCGGUGUUAGCCCUAUAUAGAGGAUGAGGGUACAAUGGCAAAAUGUGUGCCUUGGUGUAUUUUUGUAAAAGAACAUUUAUUAUUUGAAAGUGAAUGUUCGUAGGAGGUAGAGAAAGAUGCAGUCUUAAAGAUGACACCCCCAC